ACCUUUCCUUGUUUACCCAUCCCCAAGUCCCAACUUUCAUUUGGUUACGCCACGUCGCCUUCUCCAGAAAUCGCCAUGUCACCACUUCCCGUGGUCCCCACUCGUACGGACGUGUCAAAUAUAUAACCCCUCCUUCCUUGUCCCAAAAAACCCUCCUCAGAGCUUUGUAAGACCAAACGAACAAAAACCAAACCAAAACAAAACAAAAGCCCCCCCCCCCCACCAGUACUUGCUGUUUAAGCCUUCUUCCCUCUCUCAACAAAACAGCUGAUAAAUCGGCCGACAGGUAAUUCUCCCAAAAAACCCAAUAGUUCGGAGCAUCCAUAAAUAAAAAAGAAGUUCGGGUUCCUCAUAUUUGGGCAAGUUAGUAAUUAAUAGUUAAAAGGAAAGGGUAGAGUUAUUGUGGAAAGUAAGAGAUGCCAAUGGCGGCUGGACCAGCAUCGCCAAGGGAACGGGCUCAAGCUGUGGGGCCUGCCAUGGUGCCGAUGAUGCAAGCUGCACCGGCGACUGCUGACGUUUUGGCUAAGGACACGAUCAUUUCUUGGUUCCGAGGGGAAUUCGCGGCGGCCAAUGCCAUCAUCGAUGCUCUUUGCGGUCACAUGGCGCAACUUCAAGGAGGAGGAGGUGUAGGGUCGGAGUACGAAGCGGUGUUCGCGGCGAUCCACAGGAGGAGACUGAACUGGAUCCCGGUGUUGCAGAUGCAGAAGUACCACUCCAUUGCUGAUGUGACGGUGGAGCUGAAAAAGGUGGCUGCCAAGAAGACCGGAGGAGGAGAUGGCGUUGGCAAGGAGGAAGUGAAAAGUGGAGGCGAAGGAGAAGGCGGCUGUUUGGAUGAUGAGAAAGAGAAAGUUGCCGAGAAGGUGGAGGAAAAUGAAGCAAAUGGGGAAGUUGGUAGCGAAGAAGAAGAAGAUUCCCCUGACAGUGAUAUUACUGAUUCAGGAUCUCAGGAAGUUCAGCAUGUUGAGGAAAACAUUGACAUUUGCUCUAACCAUGAAGAAUGUGAUGCACGUCGUUCUCAGAUAAAGUUGACGAAAGGUUUUUCAGCCAAGGAGCAAGUAAAGGGCCAUAUGGUGAAUGUUGUGAAAGGAUUGAAGUUAUAUGAGGAUGUAUUCACUGAUUCAGAGCUGGCUAAGCUGAGUGACUUCGUGAGUGAGCUUCGUUCUGCUGGCCAGAAUGGGGAAUUGUCAGGUGAGACUUUUAUUUUAUUCAACAAACAAGUUAAAGGAAACAAGCGAGAGCUGAUUCAAGUUGGUGUUCCAAUUUUUGGACACAUUGGAGAGGAGCCCAACCAGUCAUUCAAUAUAGAACCAAUUCCAGCUCUUCUACAAAGUGUCAUAGAACACCUGGUCCAGUGGCAACUGAUACCUGAAUAUAAGAAACCAAAUGGUUGCAUCAUUAACUUCUUUGAUGAGGGUGAAUAUUCACAGCCUUUUCUUAAACCGCCACAUUUGGAUCAACCUAUUUCCGCUCUUCUCCUCUCUGAAUCAACAAUGGCUUUUGGGCGCACUCUUGUGAGUGACAGUGAAGGGAACUACAGGGGGCCACUCCAACUUUCUUUGAAAGAAGGGUCUCUUUUAGUUAUGAGGGGAAACAGUUCUGACAUGGCUAGACAUGUCAUGUGCCCAUCUCCAAGCAAGAGGGUCAGCAUUACAUUCUUCCGAGUUCGGCCUGAUACCAACCAAGGUCAGUCACCACCAACUACCCCCCAGGCUGGUGCCAUGACACUGUGGCAGCCAGGUGUCCCAGGUCCUUAUGCAAUGUCAAAUGGAGCUCUUAAUGGCUAUGAGGCACUGGAUAUGAUGCCAAAAUGGGGAGUCCUCCGCGGUCCUGUUGUCAUGCUUGCUCCUGUGCCCGUGCACCCAAUGGCAGUGAGCCCCAGAAAACAACCUCAUGGCGGUACAGGGGUCUUCUUGCCUUGGACUAUGGGAUCAAGAAAGCCUACCAAGCACCUUCCACCACGAGCCCAAAAAGGAAGAAUGCUAGCAUUACCUUCUCCUGUUGAAACACAUGUAGCAGAGUCUACUUCUAAACCAGGCAUCAAAUAUUGAGGUGAAAUCGGUAUAAUUUAAGCUUAAGGCAGCCCCAGGG